UUCCAUCAGCACACAAAAUAACUCAUGACAUAAAAGAAAGAAAUAGAAAAUAAAACCCUAUGACAUUUAAAACUCCUUGAAGACAAAAGAUUCUGAGGAUUAAAGUUUUUAAGGAGCUUGAAACUACAACAAAAUGUCUCGAAACUUGGGGAAGGAAGUCGCCCACAUGUAUUAUAUAUUAAGAACAUUUGCCAAAAAAGAAGAAGAAGAAGAAGAAGAAGAAGAAGAAGAAGAAGAAGAAGAAGAAGAAGAAGAAGAAGGAGGAAGAAGAAGACGACGACAAAGGGGAGGAGAGUAUGAAAAAUUGAAUUCCUAUCAAGAUCUAAAUCCACUAGGACAAAAGCAGAGGGCUUUAGUCAUUCACCCUAGACUAAAAAAAAAGACUGUGGGCUAUAACCCACAGAUAACCCCAGUCUUAUCAGAGGAAAAAACAUGAAAUGUCAAUUGAGAACACUCUACAAAACAAGUGAUUAGAACUCCACAAAAUGAUCAAGGUCAGUAAAAACCUGCAGGUGUCUAUGCUUGGAUCUAUGUUUGGAAUCUAAAAGAUUGAGCAAUUUUAAGAAAAUUACUGUUUUUGUGUAGGAGAGACGUCAGACUAACAUAUUCUAUGAACUCUGUAGAACAGUGAUAAUCAUCUCUCUUAAUU